UUGACCAAGUAUCCCAUAGACUACGCAUGCGCAUACCCUAGUUUUCGUACAGUCUCAAGCAAGAUGCAUUUUCGAACAGAUAUCGCUGCUGUGAAUGGGCACAGCACACCCGAUAACGAGAGCUAUGCGGAUAAUUUGGAGACAGAUGUAUUGAUUGUCGGUGCGGGGUUCGGAGGGAUAUACCUAAUGCACAAGCUUCGCCAAUUGGGCUUCAAUUGCAAGAUAUUUGAGGCUGGCAAAGAGCUCGGUGGUGUGUGGCAUUGGAACUGCUACCCUGGAGCUCGCGUCGACACUCAGGUCCCUAUCUAUGAGUAUUCAUUGCCUGAAGUAUGGAAGGAUUGGAUUUGGUCAGAGAGAUACCCUGGAUUUGCCGAGCUUCGAAAGUACUUCGAACAUGUCGAAAAGAAGCUCGAUAUCAAGAAAGAUGUUGCUUUCGACACACGUGUGACAGGAGCUCACUUUGAUAAACCCUCAUCCAGAUGGAUAAUCGAGACAGAGGAUGGUAGAACCGCCAAAGCACAAUACUUGUUAUUAGCAACUGGGUUCGCGGCAAAGCGUCACUUUCCCGACUGGGUCGGCAUCGAAAAAUUCAAGGGUGUGAUUCAUCACUCUUCAUUCUGGCCAGAUGAAGGCGUCGAUGUCAAAGGCAAGCGGAUCGCCAUAAUUGGAACAGGUUCGACCGGGGUUCAGAUCGCUCAGGAAACCGCGAAGACCGCAGGUUCGGUCACAGUGUUCCAACGGACUCCGAAUCUGGCGUUACCAAUGCAACAACAGCCCAUCACGAGGGAGGAACAACAGACUAGGAAGCCAAAAUAUCCUGAGAUAUAUAAGUACAGGAUGACGACUUUUGCUGGGUUUCAGUAUGACUAUAUCGAACGGAAUACCUUCGACGACACCCCUGAAGAGCGCGAAGCCUUCUAUCAGAAAUUGUUUGAUAAUGGUGGGUUCGAGUUCUGGCUGGCGAACUAUAAAGACUUGCUUUUUGAUAAGAAGGCCAACCGGGAGGCGUACAAUUUCUGGGCAAAGAGAGUUCGGGCGCGGAUAACUGAUCCUGAGAAGAGGGAUAUUCUGGCGCCACUGGAUCCUCCGCAUGCAUUUGGCACCAAGCGACCAUCCUUGGAACAAGACUACUAUGAAAUGCUCGACAAACCCGAGAACGAAGUUGUCGAUAUCAAGAAGACACCAAUUGUUGAAGUAACGGAGACGGGUAUCAAGACCGAGGAUGGCAAGCAUCGCGAGUUUGACAUUAUCGCACUAGCGACUGGAUUCGACUCUGUGACUGGCGGAAUGAAGAAUAUGGGAUUGGUAGACGUUGACGGUGUUUCGCUCUCUGAGAAGUGGAAGAUGGGGACGUGGUCUUAUCUCGGCAUGACCUGCAACGGCUUCCCUAAUAUGUUCUUCCUCUACGGUGCACAAGGUCCGACAGCCUUUAGUAAUGGGCCAAGUUGCGUCGAAUGCCAAGGUGAUUGGAUUGUUGAUGCUAUGAAGAAACUAAAAGACGAAGACAUCAAAUACUGCGAUGCGACCAAAGAGGCUGAGGAGGCAUGGCGUCGCAAAGUCACCGAGCUUUCCGACAAGACACUAUUCCCUGGCACAUCCUCAUGGUACAUGGGAGCAAAUAUACCAGGGAAGCCACGGGAGCAAUUGAAUUGGGCUGGAGGAAUACCUGCUUACUCAAAAGAGUGUCGCGAGGCACUCGAUAACGGAUUCCAAGGGUUUGUGACAGCUUGA